AAACGCCCCUAAAAGUUUUGUUUGUUUGAGGUAAAAAAGGUUGUUACCUCGUGAGUCGUGUACCGUUCGCGGUUGAUGUUUCUAGCUCCGCCUCAGGUUCAGCCACAAGUACAAGCCCUAACCGAAAUCGAGAGAGGUUUCACACUUUGGCUGAUUGAUUCUUCACUUCUUGGUCCUCUUUAUUCGUAUUUUCUCAAGUAAUUCUGAAUUUCUUCGUCCUCUUUACUCGUAUAUUCUCAAGUAAUUCUGAAUUUUCUCUAUUUUGGGCUAGAGGACCUUUUCCCCUUUAUUUUGCUCUGCAACAAGAACGCAAACACGACGAAGUGAAUUUUGUUCAACAGUAGCGCAAACAAACCUCCGCCCCCUCCCAAACCUUUCCUAUAAAUCAGAGAAACAAAUGUCUCCCAACGACGAAGAACGAGCCAUCUGCGGCGGCGGUGGAGGAGGGGAAGAAGUUGCCGAUGAAGACAGCGAACAAGAUGGAGACAUGGAUGAAGAUGAAGAGGAGUUAGAAGUUGAUUUGACGGUCCAACCUCCCGAAGACGAUGAUGAAGACGAGGAGGAGGAGGAUAUUAUCUCCGCUUCUCCUUCAACGUCUACCUCAUCCGAAGACAACCCCAACAAGGAUUCUUCCACUAACGCCGCCCAAGAGAACCCUACCAUUACCACCACCACCACCGCCGCCGCCGCCGCUGUCUCCUCCUCGGCGAUCCCUCCCUCCGCCACUGCCCCCAAUGGCACCUCUGCCGAAACGGCACCACCAGCCACCGGCUCAUCACCCGAUCACGAGCAUCAGCGGACCUCCGAUAUACCCCCAGCAGCCCCUGCCGCAGCCGCCGCAGAAGAAAAGAAACCCCCGGCCUUGGACGACUCCCGUCGUCUAUUUCAACGCCUGUGGACCGACGAAGAUGAGAUCGGACUGUUGCAGGGUUUCCUCGAGUACACGAUGCAGCGAGGAUCCAACAAUUCUUCCCACCAUCAUGACACGGCCCCUUUUUACGACCAGAUCAAGACUCGAUUGCAGCUAGAUUUCAACAAGAACCAGCUCGUCGAGAAGCUCCGUAGGCUGAAAAAGAAGUACCGCAACGUCCUCAGUCGGAUCAGCUCCGGCAAAGAAUUUUCCUUUAAGAGUCCUCACGAUCAAGCCACCUUCGAGAUCUCUCGCAAGAUUUGGAGCGGCACCGGCAGCACUGUCGCAGUAGGAGUCGAAGAGGCUGUAUCGGAAGACGACGAAGGCAAUCCAAAUCCUGCGAGCCACAAUACCACCCACACCAACUGUAACGAGAACUUUCACAAUAGCAAUUAUUCCAGCGUCGAUGCUAAUAAUUCUGACAAGAAGAUGUCGAGGUCCCGGAAGCGGUCUCGAAAGGGAGCAGCGGAGGAUAACUUAUCGAAUUAUCCCCUUCAGACCACUUCAUCCAAUUCCAUCCCGAAUGUUAUCGAAGAUACGGUAAGGAGUUGCCUUUCGCCUCUGUUUAAGGAGCUACUCCAUUGCGCGAUGGGAGGGCCUUGCAGCGCUGGAGGAGGAGGAGGAUAUGGUGGACUGGCCCUGAAUCCCCUUCCACUGAGCUUUGGGCCCAAAAAUUCCUUGAAUUUCCUUGGCGGGGAGGUGGUUGAUGAGAAAUGGAGGAAGCAGCAGAUUUUGGAAUUGGAGGUGUACUCGAAAAGGAUAGAACUAGUACAAGAUCAGAUAAAGUCUGCGUUAGAGGAGCUGAGGUCGAUGGGGGAUUGAUGCGGGCCGGCUACCACUUACAAGAUCAGUAAGUGUUUUCGAUGUUUCCAUUUGAUUAUCGUAGAGAUUAGCUGCAGUUUGGAUGUGUUGGUGUAAUGAUCUAUCUAGGUCGCAGUUGUUAAAAUAAGAGAAUUAAGAAAAGUAAUUGUUUUCCCCGUA